CCUUGCUGUAUUCCAGUGGGGAGGAUAUGGAGAAGGGGUCAUUGGGACCACCUUUGAUCCCCCCCAUACGCAAGGCAGUAAGUCCCCCUCUUGGCAGUGCUGCGGGGUCUCUGCAGAGCUCUCUGCAGCUGGAAUUCCAGGAGUCCCAGGAGACGAGCCCAACAUGCAGCAGCAGAAGCAAGGAGGAGAAGUGUGAACAUGCAGCUUCUUCUGAGUCUACAAGAAAAGCCCAGAGGAAGAAGGGAAAGAGCUCUUGCUGUAAGCUAGGACCUGGGAUGCCUCUGCUCCCAAGGAAACUCGCUGACCUGUUUGGCUUGGAGAGUCGUGUGCCCAACCUCGGCCUUGGCAAUGGAGGUCUCGGCCCCCGGCCGGCUCAGGGGGCCUUGGCCCAGGAGCCUCAGCAGAGGCCACCGAGCAGCGCUGGCCCCAGGGUCACUGCCGGGGAGGACAAGGGGAAGGCUGAGCAUGGCUCAGCCUCACACAGAGGCCUCCCACUGAGCCGGGCCAAGGAGAUGGAUCACCCCAGCAGUCCUGGUCUUACGAGUGACAAAGACCUGAGGGACGGCUUUAGAAAGAUCCGUGCUGCAUUGUACAUGUUGGCUCAGAAGAACUUAGAGCAGAAGGACAUAGAGCUUUUGGAGAGAGAGAUGAAGAAAAGGAGACAAAAGAUAACAUCCUUGCAGCUUCUUCCUGAGACAGUUGAGCCCGGGGAUGCAGCUGAAACAAGCUUUAGCCUCCCACCUGCUGAUGGCACAGCUUCUAGAGUGCAGAGAAACCACCCUGGUAGUAGCUUGAAGAAGGUCUUGAGGAUGCAGGACAAUGUGCCCUUACUGCCCAACAUGCCCAUCAUCCAUGCCGUUGGCAGCUUCCCACACAACUCCUCAGUGACCUCGGAGAUGGCCGCUGGUGCCCAGCGCCGAGAGCAGCCACGCCGUGGGACUGUGCAGAAGGACACGGCCUCUGCAGACCCACAGCAGUCCUUGCAGGAGGCACUGUCCUUGCUCGGCAGCGAUGACUGGGAGCUGAAGGAGAAGGGACUCUUCAACAUCAAACACCUGGCCUGGUCCCAUUCAGAGGUCCUGCUCUGUAGACUUCGUGACGUUUGCUUGGCAGUUACCAGCGAGGUGACCAACCUCCAUUCCAAGGUGUCCUACUCUGCAAUCGUCACUCUGGGAGAGUUCUUUGCGACCUUGAAGAAGGACAUGGACUCUGAAGUGGAUGAGGCUGCUCGGGUCCUUCUCCAGAUGGUGUGGAACUCCCCAGAAUUUGUUCAGAAAGCAGCCUGUCAGGCCCUGGGGAUCAUGGUGGAGAAUGUGACUCCUGCACGAGCAAUGGCUGCUCUCAUGGACAUAGGAGUCAAGAGCCGCCAUGCCCAGGUGCGGAAGUGCUCGGCCAAACUCCUCCUGUCCUUGGUGGAGAGAAUUGGAGUCACGAAGCUGGCAGGCACAGCCAGGGCUGAGAGGCUGGCACACGUGGCAGGGAAGCUUGCUCAGGACUGUCACCAGGACACAAGGCAUUAUGGACAGGAGAUGGUGAAGCUAUUGCUCAAUCAUCAAAAAUUUCAAAGGCUUUUGGAACAAUUUCUUUCCACCUAUGAUCUGGAAGAUAUUCUGACAAGAAUUAAGAAGAAAGGGAUGGAAAACCAGAGGGGUGAAUGCCCAUGUGUCAAGGAGCCGGUGAAGAAGAGGAACAAUGGCUCGAAGAAGCCCCAGGCCACAUUGUCUUCUGCUAAACGGGUGAAAUCUACCUCUGAUGGACGCCUCCUACACGGUGCAAAAGCCCAGGUGACGUUGCCUCCAGCUGUGGAAGAAACGGAGCUGCUCCAGAGGCUUUACAAUCUCCUGAAAGCCAAGGGCUUUCAGACACGGAUGGAAGGAGUGGCACUCCUCCAAGACCUGUGCAAAAGCAGCCCCCAGCUCAUCUCCACUAACAUUGUCCAGAUUUUUGAUUAUUUUGUCCUGAGAAUAUCUGACAGCCACAAAAAAGUGAAGCAGAAGGCGCUGGACGUGCUGGCUGAAAUCACAGGGAUCCUGAAAGAUGCCUUGAACCCGGUGAUCAUUGGUUUGGUGGAAGGAAUAACAAAGAGCCUGAACUCAAAGGAUCCCAGGGUUCGUGCCGCAGUUGUGAAAGCACUGGACGAAUCCAUUGCUCAUUUAGAUAAAGUAUCCCUGCUGAAAGAGUUCAGCUACCAAUGGAGCCAACUGAGUGGCCAAGCUCUGCUGGAUGUCGCGGAGCGUAUCACAGUGCUUGUGGAGUGGGUUUAUGCCAGGAGCCCUGAAGUCGUCGAGCAAGACGCCCUGCCCGUGCUCUGGUCCUUCCUGGAGAACAAGGCGCUGCCUGUCCGAAGCGCCAACGUCCGCACGGUGGCCACCAAGCUUGCCCUGGCCCUCUACGAGGUGAUGGGCACCAAACUGAAGAAGUGUGCUGCCAGCAAGCCUCCACACGUGCAGGAAAACCUGUCCAAAAUUUUGGGCUGGUGAAGAUCUGACUGGUCACAGUCAUACUGAGGAGUUUUCUCUGGACACUUCCAAUGUUCUCUUACCCACAAAGUCCUUGUCUCCUGUCCAGAAGAAAUCUCUUUCCUCCAAGCUCAGGAAGAAGCUGUUGCCUGCCUGAAGAGUGUUUAAAGAAUAGGAUUUAUGCUUUAGUCUUCAUAGCUACAGAUGUACAUAUGUUCUGAUCUUUAGAUGUAGUUUUGAAUAAAUGUGUUUUGAUUGUA